AUGUCGUCUGCUCUACCGCCGCCGCCUCCACCGCAAUGGGUGGUCGCGAUGAACUCCCCAUUGCCGCGUCCCACCAAAGCCGCCUCCAGCAUCCCGGAUCCACCAGGUUUCUCCAGCGGCCGGGGAGGUAAACAGCGCCAGCAACAGCAGCAGCAACCAACCGCGAAGAAACCCGAAGAGACCGACGCCCUGAAGAUGAAGAAGGCCUGGGAGAUCGCCAUCGCUCCGUCCAAGCAACUCCCCAUGAACGGAAUCAUGAUGUACAUGUCCGGCAACAGCCUCCAGAUUUUCAGCAUUAUGAUGGUGUUCAUGCUGUUCAAGGGCCCCAUCCAGGGCUUGAUAAACACCAAUGCGGCGUUCGCUAAAUACGAGACGCCCUCGACGCGCGGUCGUCUGGUGGUUGUGAAGCUGGUCUAUGUGUUGAUGCAGUUCCUACUGCUGGCAUUGGGUAUCUGGAAAGUCAAUGCGAUGGGAUUGUUGCCGACUACGAGAUCGGAUUGGCUUGCUUGGGAAUUAGAGAGGCUGCCUUUGGAGCGGGCUUACUUUGCGUUCAGGUGA